AUGUCACGGGCUAGUCGUCUAUGGUGCUCUUUUAUUUUAGUAAUACUAAUUUUUAGCAUUGUCCACUGUCACUUAUGUCUUGCUAGUGAUUUUGACGACCCGGAAAUCAUUGAUGGUGUGUAUUUCUACCCCAUCUUCAUUAGUGGCGUUUACGAUAAUGUCGUAGAUGGUCCCUCUCAUGUUGGUGUAAUGUGUUUUCCUUCCCUCUCUGCCGCAAAAUAUGGUAAGGAAAGUAUUGUCUUCUGUGACAUGUGUGGGCCUGGGUCAGCGAUUCGCAUAAUCAAUCGAAGUGGUAUAUUCACUCUCACUGGUUCACUGGAGAACGAAGGCUUUGUGGAUGGGCCACCUGGUAUUGCACGUUUUAGAGGUCAGGGUUAUGGCUCGAAUACCUUCAACGGCCUCAGUGUCAAUGGUGAUACAAUCUAUAUCGCUGAUACAUGGAACAAUGCAAUACGUUCUAUUUCAUCAGAGGGUGUAGUGCAAACAUUGUUUGAUCGUAUGACAAAAUGCAUUAACAAAAACAUCAGCUACCCAAUAAGUGUCUCUCCAUAUAUCUACUCAAGUGACUCCUCGAGUAUAAUUAUAUCAGAUUAUGGCAACAAACGUAUUCUUUCAGCGAUUCUUUACCCCACCGUCUCGGCUCCAUUAUUACUCGCGGAGAAUAUUGAGGCGGUCCAGCUGUCCGUAACGAAAGACAAUCAACUACUUUACUACACUGUGAAAGGCAAACCUAAUGUGCUUAAAGCUAUAAGUUUGAUGGAUAAUACUAGAUGGGAUAUUGGCCAGCCCCACUGUUUAGGUUACAAAGGUUCUCUUGCUUUAACAAGUGACGAAAGUGAGCUGCUGUAUUACGGAAUUUCAGGCAACGUGACUGGGGUAUAUUCUAUCAGUACGAAAGUUUCCCCAAAAGAAGUAGAAACGUGGUGUCCGAAACUAAAAUUCAAAUGGCCAGAAAAAUUCAAAAAAAUUUGCAAUGUUGUAACGCGUGACGAUACAAGUUGGUGGGUGUUGACGAUAACAUCGCUAUAUUUGGUUUCGACAGAACCUCUGGAUCCUGACAGCGGCAGCGGGAGUAGUAGCGGCAGCGGUCACAACAAACGCAAGCACGCCAUUGCGGCAUUUCCAAGCGACGCCCUACCUGUGAACGAUAAGUGUCUCAUGUCGCAGUUCUUCAACUGGGUUCGUGUGGACGUCGCGAUCGCCUACAAGACUAAUGACUAUCUCACACAGUUUGAGCCUCUCGAUGACAACAGAAUGUUGUUUCCUGGUUCGUUUAACGUGUCGAGAUUGUGUGGAAUUAUUACCGCCAGUAAAAGCAAAGAUGGUACGAUCACUUUUCUUAACUUUUGGGGUCCACCAGCCAUGUCACCGGAACUUACGCAGGAUGCGUUGACAAAUUCAAAUUGGAACUACACUAAAAAUUUUCUUGAUGGUCAGAAGGGGGGGAAGGUGCCUUUUUGCUUCAUAGAUUGUGGUAAUCAAUGUAAGACAAUCUCCUUUAGUGAAAAACUGUGUGUAAGAUCCAAAAGUUUCUCAUGUGAUGGAGUGCGCAAAGGAAUGAUUGCCUCGUCAGUCGCCAUGGGGACCGGCGCUGUGGUUCUUUUCAUACUCAUGAUUCUGAGUCCCAGCAAUGUACUUACAGCCUUGAUGAUGAUUCCGAUCAUUUAA